CGGACUGACAGGCGUAACUUCCGGUCUCAACUCCUCCUUUGUCUGAGUCCUCUUUCGGUCCUCCGCCUAGUUAUUUAUUUAUUUCCUUUUCAUUCGUGGGGUAUAUUUUAAUAUAUAUCCACAUCUCUCGGUUAUUGAAUGACAUUUGAUUCUGACACAUAUAUGCCUAAAAGCAAAGCCCCCAAAAUGGAUGAUCUGGACUACAUCCCAGCGGACCUGAGCCCAGAGGAACGCUCCGAACUGGAGGAGAUCCGGCGCAGGAAGGGAGCUCUGCUUCUGGAGAUCCAGAGACUGAAAGAUGAGCUGAGAGAAGCCAUAAUAGAGGUGGAGGGUCUGGAGACCAGCACAGAGGGCAGUAAAACUUUACAGAAGAGUCGACAUGUGGCUAUGGGGAGGAAAAAAUUCAACAUGGAUCCGAAAAAGGGAAUUGUGUUUCUGGUGGAGAAUGAGCUUCUCAGACACACUCCAGAGGACAUUGCCCAGUUUCUGUAUAAAGGAGAAGGUCUUAAUAAAACUGCAAUAGGAGACUAUCUGGGUGAAAGAGAUGACUUCAAUAUUAAAGUAUUACAGGCGUUUGUGGAUCUUCACGAAUUCACAGAUCUCAACUUGGUUCAAGCCCUUAGGCAGUUUCUGUGGAGCUUCCGGUUGCCAGGUGAAGCUCAGAAGAUCGACAGGAUGAUGGAGGCCUUCGCUCAGAGAUACUGUCAUUGUAAUCCUGGAGUCUUCCAGAGCACAGACACCUGUUACGUGCUGUCGUUUGCCAUCAUCAUGUUGAACACCAGUCUGCAUAACCCCAACGUUCGGGAUAAGCCAACGGUGGAGCGCUUCAUCAGCAUGAACAGAGGCAUCAAUGAUGGUGGAGACUUACCAGAAGAUCUUCUCAGAAACCUGUAUGACAGCAUCAAGAAUGAGCCGUUUAAGAUCCCAGAGGAUGAUGGGAAUGAUCUGACACACACUUUCUUUAACCCUGAUCGAGAGGGCUGGCUCCUCAAACUGGGAGGUCGUGUGAAAACAUGGAAGAGACGGUGGUUCAUUCUGACAGAUAACUGUCUUUAUUACUUUGAGUACACAACAGAUAAAGAGCCCAGAGGCAUCAUUCCUUUGGAAAAUCUGAGUAUACGUGAGGUUGAAGAUCCCAGGAAGCCAAACUGUUUCGAGCUGUAUAUCCCUAAUAACCGCGGUCAGCUGAUUAAAGCGUGUAAGACUGAAGCUGAUGGCAGAGUGGUGGAGGGAAAUCACAUGGUGUACCGAAUCUCUGCCCCCACCCCAGAAGAGAAAGACGAAUGGAUCCACAGCAUCAAAUCUGCUGUGAGCGUGGACCCUUUCUACGAGAUGCUUGCAGCCAGGAAGAAACGCAUUUCACUAAAGAAAAAGGAAGAGCAACCAUAAAACCCUCAAUUUCUCCUCAUGAUCCUUCCAUAAUCUUACAGUCAUCUUACUCCAGCGCAGAAAAGCUUCUUCCAUUCACUGAGAAACAAACAAUACUUCCCUGACUCAUCGAGGUAGCUCUUGUCCUGCCAUUAUGCUGGUUUUAUGGACACAUUGAUAUUUGUGUCAAACCUGAACACUAAACCAUCUGUGGUUGGAUUGUGCAGGUCUGACCCGUUCAAUACUCUUUUAUUCAUACUUCUGAUCCCUACAUACUUCUACUACACUUCUACACUACAGUGUUAUUCACUAGUCAUCACACCAGCCUGUACAAGCCUUUAAACUGUUUUAUGCUGACAUUCAAAAUAUUUGGACAAUUGCACCGAUCGCAUUCAAAUGAAGUGACAAUUUUGUCAUUAUUUCAUCACCCUCUCAUUGUUCCUUAAUCCGUAUAACUUUCUGUCUGGGUAUCAGGUUUUCAAUGCAGUAAUAAUGGAUGAGCACUGGAGCCUUUGACAACAAACAAAAAACUAUGAAAAAGCACCAUUUAAAUAUAUUACAUUAAACUUAGGAACCAAAAUGUAAGUUUUUCUGUCAAAAUGUUGACAUCCGCCCUUAACUCUCUUAAGUGCAUUUACUAGGGUCAACCAAUCAACCAAUGUUUUUGAAUUGGACGUUAUCAAUGAUUCGGUAGGAGUCGAGUUAGCAGCUCACUGAGGGAAAUGUUACAAAUUUCUUCCCCAAACCUGUUAUGUGAACUUCAAUUUUGACAUAAAGGUCCUUUUAGCUUAUUUUUGAUGCGUUGCUUUAGUCCUUACUCCCUGUUACUUUCAGUCUUACCAGGGAUGGAUACAAUCAUACGGGUUUUGGAACAGAUUCAGGGUGAAUAAAUGAUGAUCGAAUUUUCAUUUUUGGGUGAACUAUUUAUUUAACCCUUCAUCGCACAUUACUUAGUUCUCUGCAUUUUACUUGCACACUUCCACUUCGUCAUUAGUUUGAGCGGUCUGUUUGGUUUUAGUUUUCUCUCUCCAUACUGCCGCUCUCACGUUUGAUGGCUUCUGACCAGCGAUCUUGCCGAUAUUGACAGCAUCGUACUGUGAAGUUCUUACACAUUACAGGGUAGACAACCAAACAGCCUGAUGUAUUCUUCAUCAUCCCCAUCAUCAUCAUCAGGGACAGAUCUAACAUAGCCUUCACCACAGCUCAGCUUCUCUUGUUUUGUAGAUUGUGUUACUGAUAUUGAAAGAAGUUUUGCUCGUGUUGAAGGCUUUGGUUAGUCUGAAUGCUAUUUACUGAGUCUAUUCUGCCUGUUUGAACUGAAACUAUUUAUCUCUUAUUAAGUUGAGUUUAUGUUAUAAAUGAAGAUUUAAUGAAGGUCAUUGCUACAAACACAAAUUAUAUUAAGAUUUGGAUGAGGGUGAAUUAGGCCCAUCAGUUUUUGCCAUUUGAAGCAUGUGGUUCACUCCUGGGAUAUAUCAAUGAACUGUUAGAUAUCAUUUUAGACUAAUACUGUUAUGUUUGGCCGUGGGGCGGGACCAAAAUAAUGUUUCCCAGUAUUAAAAAAAAAGAAAAGCUGAUGACAUCAUUUCCUGUGAACAGUUGCAGUAAGUUUGUCAAAUGUGAGUCCAUAAAUAGCCUUAAAAGUCCCCACAGGCCUGUUUAUGAAUGUUUUUGCUAGUGUUUGAACUAAAGAUAACCUAACCACUACAGCUACAACAUUUUGGAGGGAAUCUCACAAGAUCAUGUCCAGGUCACAUUUCACCUAGAAGAAAACUAUAUUGGCUUAAAAAAAACAUUUAUGACAAUUAAGCACAACAAACACUAUCAUGAUGGCAUAAAUUGUAUAAUUUUUGCAUAUCUAUUUUUUCACUUUACUUAAUAAAAAUUCAGUUAUUUGUGCAUAAUUGAAUGGGUCUCAUGUUCUUGAAGAAAACUAUUAUUUCUUCUUUUCAUGAUGAUUUGUGAAAUAUGACCCGGACGUGAUGUGGGAACAUUUGUUCGUGUGAUUUUUUUUUUUUCAAAACGUGCAUCUGCUAGGUCAGAGAAAGAGAGAGAGUAAGCUGUUUGCUGCUUUCGACCCCACAAACAAUUGUUUUUGAAUCCUUUCUAAUGCUUAGAGAUGUGCCAGACGUAGCAAUGACCUGUAUAUUCAUCUGUUUUCCUGCUCGUGUGAAACACUAGUUACUCCUCUGACUUGACGCUGGUUACUUUGAAGGAGUCCCAUGGCAGCUUAUUUCAAUGUACAAUAUAUUUAGCCUUUAUUCUGUUUGUAAAUAUAUGUUGUUAUGUUUGUUUACACAGAUUGAUAGCAUUUUUAUAAUUUAUUGUUUUUGUUCUUUAAAGUAAUAAGAAUAGGGGAUGCAUGUUGUAUUGAAUUGAAGCAUCUUUUGUAAAGAGUGGAUGUAAUGGCAAAAUUUUGGGCACGUGUCAAGCAACUAUUAGCGUUCCGUAUUUCUAAACCAUACUUGGCUAUUGUGAAUCAAUAAAUUGGUAUUUCAAUCAGUAAAGGCUAUAGAGAGAGGUGGAGAGCAUCAAAAUGUAAACGUAUUUAAAAA